CGUCGUGUGUGGUUUUGGAGUCGAUGAUUUUGCAUUUUAUGCCGCGAGACGAACGUGUGUUAUAUCGCGAGGCUAACGUUGGUUUAUCAUCAAUUUUUAGGUUAUAGACCUGUCUUUCUGCUAGUAAUGUCGCAAUACGCAGUGAGACUCCAAAGUGGUGCAUCUAUGCCCAUCAUUGGAUUAGGCACUUGGCAGUCUAAGCCAGGGGAGGUAGAAAAUGCUGUUAAAGCUGCCAUUGACUGUGGCUACCGACACAUCGAUUGUGCCUGCGCUUACCAGAAUGAACAAGAAGUUGGUACAGCUUUGAAGGCUAAGAUUGAUGAUGGCACAGUAAAGAGGGAAGACCUAUUUAUCACCAGCAAGUCAUGA